AUGUACAAACUAAAACUAGUUCUGGUGACUGUUGCAGUUAUCAAACUUGUCAAGACUCAAACAUAAAGUGUUUCUCCAUAUACCGGAUCAUUAGCCGAUUGCAUUGCUCUCACUGAUAAGUUCGACUUCACUGAAAAUCUCAACUAUGAUGUUGAUACUUUAAAAUACCCAUAUACAACAGCGUAUUAGAUGGUUGAAUGUGAUGAGGGAGGGAUAUGCCCUGAUGGUGUUUUUAGACAAUUCUGUUAAUGGCAAAGAUUUCUCCGUGUUCAGUGUACUGCAUCAGGAGAUGGAGCUGAAUUUAAAAUCAUAACAAAUUCAUUACCAAAUCAUUGCUUCUACGCAGAAAACGAUUACCCUCUCGGUUCAACAUCAUACUAUAAUGCAUACGGAGUGGAAGGUAAAUUCAAUUUAAGACCUACCUAGAUGGCAGCCUUUGCCCAAGACACCUCAAAUUCAGCAAAAAUUUACACUACGAUUGCAAACAGAGCUGAUAUUGAUGCUUAAUUAUGUCAACCAUAAUGGGCGAAAACAUCAGCAAUUGAUACAAAUCUUAGACCAGCUGAGACUAUAUAUACAAGUACCACUAAUACUCCAGCCUACUAUUCAUCGUGGUCUUCUCCAAAAACCGUAGCAUCAUUAAAUUUGAUUAGAUUAUACGAUUCUGAUCAAGUAGUCGGUGUUGCAUUGAACGGUGUCUUUAUAUUCACUGGAACUAGUGAAUAUGGCUACGAUAUGUAUUUCCCAAAAAAUUAUAAUAAUCCCACAAUGCCUGAUAGAAUUCCAACGGAUGCAUGUUUGGGCUCAUAACAGACAAAUAAUGUUUACAGAUAUCACAUGUACUCUCCCUGUAUUUAUGAUAUUGCAAUGAAGAAGUAAAUUUUAAAGUGCAGUUAAUCAGCCUCAUGUUCUCAAGAUGUGAGAAGACAUGCAAUUGAUCACACUCCAAUUUCAAGCAAAGGAUUAUAACCUAUUGGUCUAGCUAAAGAUGGCCGUGUUAUUUAUGGACCCUUCAAAGUGGACGGAAGUUUGUGGAGACCUUGUGAUGUUGAUGUUUGCAAUGGCAGAUACUUUGGAAAUAAUUACGGAUAUGUAGCUACAAUGUUUCACCCUUAUGUAGUUUCAUGCUGGGGACCAGGAAAUAAAAUUGUUAGAGUCAAGCAAGGAUGUUCGGCAAACCCAAGAUUCUGCAGUGCUGGCAGCAAUCUCUUGGUUAGUAGCUUCGUCAUUUCUUUUGGAUUUAUAAUGGGAGCUCUAGCCCUAAUCUUUUGA